AUGGUUGGUCUGAAUGGAGUGAAUGGUCGAUCUGUUCUCGAAGAUGGUUGGUCUGAAUGGAGUGAAUGGUCGAUCUGUUCUCGGAGUUGCGAUGGAGGGGUCAGUGUUUCGCUCAGAAAAUGCAAUCAUAAGAGAGGGUGUAUCGAAGGAACCGCCGAAAGACAUAAAAUCUGUAAUAUGCAGCCGUGUCCGAGCGAUGUUGACUUUCGAGGCACUCAAUGCUCUAAUUAUAAUAAACAGCCGUAUAGGGGAAGGCUAUACGAGUGGUUACCAUAUUUGGAUCCAUUAGAUCCCUGUAGUCUCACGUGUAGAGCGAAGACAUUCAAUUUUGUGGCAAAACACUCGCCUAAAGCGGAAGACGGGACCCGAUGUCGAGACGGGUCUCUGGAUAUGUGUGUCACCGGAAAAUGUCUGUCUGUUGGCUGUGAUCUGGUGUUGGGUUCGGAUAACAAAGUGGACGGCUGUGGCAUCUGUGGCGGUGACGGCACCUCAUGUAGUCGUCCCACAUAUAUCUGGUCGGAGACAAACUACUCGCCCUGUUCUGUGUCUUGUGGCAGAGGCUAUCAGAUGUCUCAACCAAUUUGUAUCAACAAUGAGACCAAAGAAGUGGUCGAUGAGAUCCUAUGCGACCCCACAUUACGUCCGCGUCCGCACAUCAAUGAAUGCAAUGCCCAGAAGUGUCCGCCUUUGUAA